AUGUGGACGAUACCGAUUUCAGGGAGCUUGCGUCUCUGCAAGCGCCCAUUGGCCUUCAGAGGGAUUGUCUUUAGGUCCUACACGACGAAAUCCUCCGAUCCUCUCCGCAUUCUCUUUUGCGGCUCCGAUGACUUCAGCAUCGCUUCCCUAAACGCUCUUCGUGCCUAUCAAUUAGCCAAUCCAGAAAGGAUCUCCUCAAUUGAUGUGGUGUGCAGACCUGGCAAAAGAGUUGGGCGAGGGUUGAAGCAGAUUCGAGAAGUACCGAUUAAAGCAGCCGCAACUGCCCUUUCUUUACCGGUUCAUGAGAUUGAUACUUUUACUAAUUGGAAGCCGCCAACUUUGUCGGGUGGUCCCAUAAACUUGGUUAUUGCAGUCUCCUUCGGCCUAUUUGUGCCAUCGCGCAUAUUAAAUGGGGCCAAGUAUGGAGGGCUGAACAUACAUCCAUCAUUACUACCAGAUUUUCGUGGUCCCGCACCACUACACCAUGUUCUUUUGUCUGGUCAGAGAACCACGGGCGUAACACUCCAGACCUUGCACCUCAAACACUUCGACCACGGAGUGGUGCUAUCUCAAACCCCGGCUCCUGGACUUGAAAUUCCCAAUCCGGACUCUUGCACAGUGCCCGAGUUGAUAGACUUGGUUGCGCCGAAAGGAGCAGAACUGCUUGUCAAUGGCAUCGAGAAGGGUCUAUAUGUACCCCCAGUGGUUGAUGUUAGAGGGCACGCCGCUGAAGUGAGUGGCGAGUUGACUCAUGCAACCAAAAUCACACCAGAGGACCGGCGCAUUGACUGGGCGAACUGGACACUUGCGAACAUUAACAGGCGCAGCCGUGUGAUUGGGCCUCUUUGGAGUACAGCCCUUUGCGCAUCUAAUGUUGAAAGCGCAUCCCCGUCAUUCCAGCAAAAACGAUUGAUUCUUACAGACGUUGAAGAGGUUGACCCACCGCAAGGAUGCAACGCGUUCUCAAUCAUGCCCGGUCUGCCAUUCACAAAUGCUUCCUAUCCAGUCCAACCAAAGAAGGGACGGGAGCUCUACGUUUUCACUAAAGACAAAAAGUUGAUGCGCAUCAACCGCAUGAAAGUCCAAGGCGAACAGGAUGCCGAAGGACUACGGGCUGCUAUCAAAGCUCGCAUGUUCUGCGAUCAAGCUUUCAACUAUGACGGCGUGGAAUUUACUCCCUUCCGUAACGCCCUAGUUUGA